UUACGACGAAGUUAGAUCAAAACAUCGUAACGAUCCAGCAGUGAUGAAUAAGCUACGAGAGAAUUUGAAGUCAAAAGCUACAGUUAAACAUGCACCCAAUGAAAUAGUCAAAAAAAUUGAAGGGGUUACAACACGCCCUAAUCUCCCAAAGGGAAUGAAAUACGUCAUCAAGAAGAUCCCGUCACACCCAUUGAGAUUCGGAACGGCAUAUAGGGCUAAUUUUCUUGAUGAUUUUGAAUCAUCAAUAGGUGAAGAAGGUAUAAAGUUAUUUAGGCAAUCUAUAUUUGGUCACUACUUAGAUAUGCCAAACUGCAACUUUCAAGGGCAAAUCAUCAAAUGCCUCUUACUUCUUGAGGUAGACCAAAAAAACAAAGAAGAACUGCACAUUCGUCAUGUGCAGGGUAAUAUACUGCGAUUUACAAUAAAUGAUUUUGCUAUCAUUACUGGUUUGCGAUGCACCGGUAAUAUGAAUGACUUCAAGUAUUCUGAUGAUCAAGCAAGUAGAUUAUUGUCUUUAUAUUUUCCUGGUGCCAAAAAUGGGGUCAACAAAGCUCGUUUCGUUGAGCGUUUUCUGGUUGGAGGAUGGAAAACAAACGAAGAUGCCGUUCAGAUGGCCAUUCUCUAUUUCAUCCAUACUUUUGUUUUUUCUCAACUAGGUGAUGCACCUAUAUCAGUUGAUGAUUUCAAGAUGGUAGAAGAUGGUAGUUAUGAGCAAUAUCCAUGGGGGAAAUUAGCAUAUUCAAAAUUGAUAAAAGGAAUGCGUCAGGAGUUUUCAAAUGCCAAACAAAUGUAUCGUCUAGGCGGCAUGCCAUACGCUCUGAAUGUUUGGAUAUAUGAAUGUGCAUCUCAAGUUCCCUCUGAAAUUGCUGUAAGAGUGGGUAAUAAAAUUCCCAGAAUUCUUAACUGGCGUGUUGUCGCCGUGAAGCCAAAAUUUGAGACAUUCAUGUCUACCAUCUUCAGUGAGUAUCCAUGCUCCAACAUUGUCCAAUCUCAACAUGAAAUGAAAUCUAUUGUCGUUCAUGACAGCCAACAGAAACCUGAAGAUUCAACAUCGGCUGCCAAGGUCAAUUUCAGAAAACCUCAUGAAGUCACUGGAUUUGAGGACUUCUCAACAACACCACCCACUGAAUUUUUAAAGAGAUCCAGGGAUGUCGCUGAGACAUCUUCUCCACCUCCUUCCAAGAGAAUGAAGACUUCCCCUGCUAAAAAGCCAAUUCAAGUAGAAACAGCCAACAUGCACAAGGAUUUCAUACCACCAAAUGAAUCAGAAAAUCUUGUUUCUCCUGACAAUGAACCGGGGGCAAAGUCACCAAAGGAAUCAGAAAAGCCUGUUUCUCCUGACAAUGUACCAGGGGCGAAGUCAGCUUUAGGAGGUGAAUCUUCCGGUCAUUCGGAUCGAAUUAUUCAUAUGCAAUUCAAAGUUGACCGGAAGUUCAAGCGUUUGGAGAACAAAAUGGAUUCAAAUCACAUUGAUCUUUUGAAAGCCAUCGACAGUAUGGCGAACCGAAUGACUGGCACAUCAUCUCAAGUUAAAAAAGAUGAUUUUGAUCAAUCAUUCCAUGUGGUUGAACAACAAGAAGCACCUACUGGAUUGGAGGGACCUGAACCAUCCACCAUGAUAAAUCAGGUGGACAACAUAUCGGAACAAAGCAUUUUAGCAGAUGUUCCUGAAUUAUUUGAUCAGCAAGUUUAUUCUGAUACAUUAAAGGAAGAUGAACCAUCCGUCAAGGAUGUAUCAGCACACCAAAUGGAACCACAAAGAGCAGAUACUGAUCAGCUUAUUGCUGAUUCUGAUACAUUACAGAACACUGUAAAGAAAGAUGGAAGAGUAGCUGAUGAUAAAUCUGCCAAAGUAGAAGAGCAAGUCGAGGAGAUUGAAAAAGAAAAAAUCAAACCAAGCACAUCAGAAUCCAAUACUUCAGCACCAUUUUCGUCAGAAACUCUGGAUGUGAUAGAUGCUCUAAUAUACGGACUUCCAUUACCAGCCAUGCCAUUGACAGCUGUUAGUCAUGAGCAAGUUCAGGAUGAAUGUCUAUUACGCGAUAGCCAGCUACCAACCACUCUUCCAUCAAAAGCUAAUGUAUUGUCUGACGAUGCGAAGACACCAUCUCGAAGAAGCAGGAUUCCUUCGAAGAUCUUACAGUCGCCGUAUCUUUCAAACUUUGGGUCGAGUGAAAAGGGAAAGGAAAAUUUGUCAGAUGUUACGCAUCAGACACACCCUUUUGAAGGUUUUGGUAUAUGCUAUCAACCCCCUUCCGAGCUUGUCACAGAAUACUCUGAAUGGAUAGAUAAAGGACUUCUAAAAUCACAUGGCAACAAGAAUUCGAAGGAGGAUCAUUACAGAUCUAAGUGCUCUUCAUUCGGCUUUGAAAGAAUGGACUUUGUUGUGGCAUUUCCUAAAGAUAAGAACUGGUUCUACCUAAUGUCACAGCCGGACAGAUGCUGGAACGAUGAGCACAUCGAUGUAAUAUUUUACUACCUUUGGAAGAAAUCGAAGAUGCAGUUGAGCAAUCAUUAUCGAUACACAACGACAAAUUGCAUUUUCAAAAAUUACAUCGAAUAUGCACACACACGCUACUAUCACCUUCCACCUAACAUUUCUACACAAGAAGAUAUGGCAAGGUCCACUGUUACAGCUCAUCAAGAGAGAUCCGUGAAGAACAUAAUAAGAGGUUUCUCAAUACCAGCCGGUUUGCCCUGGCAUUUGGUAGAUGAGGUAUACAUUCCAGUAAACUGCGACAUGGAUUUUCAUUGGGUUCUUGCGGUAGUUGUGUUGAAAGAGAGGUUGAUACGUGUGUAUGAUUCAUCGCCUAGACGAAGAAGUAGCAACCCUUUCCAAGAGAUCCAAAAGAUAGCAGCAAUGCUACCAACAUACCUGCAAGACAGUGGUUUCUUUGACAACAACGAACGUACUGAUUGGUCGUCUCUUGAUUCAUACAAGGACAAAUCAACCGGUAAUAUGCUUGAACCACAUCACCCAUUAGCAGUUGAGUAUGUUGAAGGAAUUGCGCAACAGGGAAGUGGCAGCUUGGAUUGUGGAGUUUUCCUGGCCAUGUUUGCUGAAUAUCUUAGUGAUGGAAUUUUUAUUCCAAGUACCGGACUAAACGCUGAAUUCUUCCGUUCAAGAUAUGCCGCACUCUUAUGGAGAUAUGGUUGUCAGAAGGCCAUGGAUGGUUAUGUUAGCGAUAACGACGAUCCAAAAAAACCAAGGAGAGACAUAUCUCCAAACCAAGGAGAACUGAUUGAUAUUCAAUAA